AUGAGCCCCCCCUCGAAGAAAACCAUCGCCAUAGUCGGGGCAACAGGUAUUCAAGGCUCAUCAGUUGCUCGAACAUUCCUGGAUCUAGGAAUUUGGCACGUCCGCUGUCUGACUCGCGAUCCAACAUCUCCUAAAGCCGGCGAACUCGCCGCCCUCCACGCCGAAGUCACCAAAGCAGACCUCGACGAUAAAGAGUCCCUCCGCCGCGCCUUUGAAGGCGUGCACGCAAUCUUCCUCAAUACCGAUUUCUGGAGACCCUACGCUCACGCUCGAAGUAACGGUCUCGACCACGAUACGAGCGUCAAGCAAGCCUUUGACAUCGAGGUACGACAUGGUCGAAAUGCCGCCGACGUCGCGGCGAGUAUUCCCACGCUCGAGCGAUUCGUCUACUCUGCCCUUGGGCCGAUGAAAGCCGCUUCGGGCGGAAAGUACGCGGCCUCGCAUCAUUGGGAGACCAAAGCCUCGAUCGUCGAGUAUAUCCUGGCGAGACCGGGACUCGCGGGCAAGGCGUCUUUCAUCUACCUGGGCGCCUAUGCUACCAAUCCGUUCCUGGCGCCGAGACCUGACCCUCGCACGGGGGAGUUGGUCUGCGUGGUGCCCACGGGGAGAGCUACGAGGACGCCGAUUAUCGAUACGGCUGCGUCCACGGGCGCCUUUGUGCGUGCUCUAGUGGAGGAUGAGCAGCCGGGCACCAAGUUGCUUGCGUAUGAUGAGUAUCUGAGUCUUCAGAGUGUCGUGGACGCCUGGUCCGCGGUCUCGGGAGAGGAAGUAAAGUUGAUCUCGAUGACAAUGGAGGACAUGGCCCGGGCAACGGGGAUCCCGGAAGAGGUCUUGGGUGGAUUGGCUUUUAUCGGGGAAUUUGGCUACUGUGCUGGGUUGGAGAAUGUGAUCGAGCCUGCGCAGUUAAAGAAGGAGAUCCCUUGUCAGUCAUUCAAGACUUGGCUUGAAAAGCAAGAUCUUCGAGGUUUGAUGUCGGGUGCUGGAGAGACUAUGACAGCAGCUGGCGCACCAUCUUAG